CACAGACACACAGGCAGACAAACCAACUACUGUAACCCUCGCUGCGCAUGUGCGCCGAGGGUUAAUAAUUCUGCGUAACUUUAGGCUAAGUAUACCUUUAACUCCUACAUUUCAGAUCCAACAGAAAUCUUGAGAGAAGCCAUGAAGGAUGGCUACAUUCCCCACAACACUCACAGUUUUCUCACAUGCUCCCUCAGUCCAGACUAUGUGGCUCUUCCUCUCACUCCUGACCAGAAUAUGUGGCUGGAUGAGAACAAGUCAGACUCCAAGAAAAAGUCCACAGCGGUGCCUCCCUUAUCAGUCUCGGGUGAAAGGCCUACACUGACAGAACUUGUCAAGAUAAGACUGCCCUCUCGAGUUGGACCCAAGUUCCUCACAUUCGGUACGCUUCUACUCCAAGACGACUUUGGAGACAAAGUGGCUAAUAUCAGUGAGUGUUGUCGCGGGGAUCCAGAGAGAAUCACAAUGGAGGUUCUGAGGGAGUGGCUGGCAGGGAAGGGGGUGGAGGUGUCGUGGGAGAGCCUCAUAGCAACUCUGAGAGACUGCGAACUUUCACUUAUG